AAUUGUUAACAGCUUAAAAUGGAGAAGUUCAAUGAAGAUGAAAUUCAGAAGAAGAUUGAAGAGAAGCGAAAACGAUUUAUAGAAAAUGCUCAUCGAGCUCUUGGAUUUUAUGAUCAAAACAUGCUCUCUCCAGGUGGAGAACAUAAGAAACGAACUGAAGCAAUGGAGAAUGAGUUUAAUAAAGUAUAUGAUGAUAAUGAGCAGCAUGCAAGGAGAUAUGAUGAUGAACCAGCAAAGCCACUUAUAUUGGCAGCUAGUAAAAAUCCAGAAAAUGUAAUAAAUUCUCCAAGUGAAGAAAAGCAAGCAAACAAACAAAUCAUGGACUCGGCAGACCUCAAUCCUGAUAAAGUUUCAUCAUCCGGUAGCCCCCAAGAAGAUUCAUUGACAGCGGCCGAGAAAGAACAAGAGCUCCGAAACAAGCCUAAGACGAACACAACCAACUCGAAGUCCCAGGCCAUAACUACGGUUACCCAGACUCCUGAAAUCCGUUCACAAAAGUCGCUUCACAAGAAUUUGGAAGAAGAAAAAUAAGCAGCCUUUCAACGAGGCUUUACUGACCAAGUCUAAGAAGAGCAAGAAAGACAAAGCCAAACUGGUCAAAGCGAAGCCCUCCGAACUCUACGAAGAAGACGCCAGUCCAGUCCAGAACAGGUUUUACCGCCGCGGAGACGACAGCCUGCCUAAGAGCAAAAAGCGCAAGAAGUUUGUGGUCAACACUCGGCACUGACGGCAAGAACGGGAAACUCUCCAGUAUGUAAUCGACUUGUGCAGAUGGUAUGAGACCACCAGCAUCGGCGAAGGCAACCUCAUCUGGUACGGAGUGAGUCUCCGCGACUGCGACAUCGACAUCAUCAAGUCGCGAGUCGAAGGCAAGUCAGGCAACGAACUCUUCUUCAAUAGGUACCCUGGCUCCGAACUGCUUGCAAGGAAGAAGAUCCUGUGUAACAUCAUGAACCGGAUGGAGAAGUACUUCGGAGAAGAAUACGAGUUCACUCCGCUGUCCUACAUGCUCCCGGAAGAAGAAGACCUCCUUGAUGAAGAUAUGACCAAGUACAAAGACAUGUGGUACAUAGCAAAGCCAUCCAAAGGCUGUGGCGGAGACGGAAUCUUUCUGAUCAACAGAAUAACUGACAUUCCGAGGUGGCACUCGAACUCGGAGUUGCUGGUUCAACAUUACAUUACCGAUCCUUUGCUGGUGGACAAGAAGAAGUUCGAUUUGAGGAUUUAUGUCUUGGUCAAUGGUCUCGAUCCUCUUGAAUGCUAUUUUUGUAAUGAAGGAAUGGUAAGAUUAUGCACAGAAUUAUACAAGGCACCUGAUAGAUCAAACAGGAGGCUUAAAUACAUGCACCUAACCAACUUCAGUCUUAACAAAAACUCAUCUAAAUACUCCGAAGGAGAUGAUGAGACUGGAAAAUAAUGGAAACAAAAGGCUUUUGUCUUCUGUUCUAGAAUAUUUAGAGAGAGAACAAGGACUAGAUCCUGACAAAAUUUUAGAGCAAAUUAAAGACACAUGCCGAAAGACAAUUAUUGGUCUAAUCCCUUAUUUAGCAGACUUUGCUAGGAUAUCGAUUAAUCCUAAUAUUGAUCAGUUGAGAUGUUUCCAGAUCUUUGGAUUUGAUAUUUUGGUUGAUAAGAAAAUGAAAGCUUGGCUUUUAGAAGUAAAUGCUAAUCCAAGUUUGAAUAUGUACCAAGAUAAAGAACUCCCAAAUGGGGAUUUAGAGAGAACCUUAAGGGAUUUGGAUAAGAACUUAAAAAGUAUGGUGAUGCAAGAUGCUAUUCAAAUCGUCAGGUCAAAGUCUUCUCCAGAUUCAUAUGGUUGAUUUGAAAAAAUUCUUCCUUCAAAAGAUCCAUUUUACGAUCAAUUCUUUAUAUGGGAAGAAGCAAGAAAGAUAUUCGAACGCUUAGGAGGAGUCAAGAGUCCAGAAUUCAUCUCCAGCUCGCAAUUUCAAAGACUCUCUAAAUUGAGAGGUAUGACAAAUGGCAAAAUAGUUAAGGCUCACUAUGACAUAAUGUAUAAGAACGUUGUUAAUAGGAGUGAUUCUAAGCUCAUGGCAAUGGAGCACUUCUUUGAUGCUCUAGAGGUGCUUGCAGCAAAACUAUUCAAAAAGAAUUCUUUAUACGAAAGCCUUAAUGACCUUAUAAUUACAGUGAAAGAUCAGCAUAUCUAACUUCUCGAGCUAAGAUGCUACACUAAUUU